AUGUCAAAGCGUCCUGCAGAUAGCGGGGAUUCCGGCUCCCAGCCGCCUAUUAAAAAAGUUCAAUUCGAGCCGAUUUUAAUCGGACCUAUAUCAACCUUAGAAGAAAUGGACAUGAAAGUUCUUCAGUUUCAAAACAAAAAAUUGGCUCAGCGGUUAGAACAGCGCCACAGAGUAGAAGCUGAAUUAAGACAAAGAAUUGAACAAUUAGAAAAAAGACAAAUGCAGGAUGAUGCAGUACUCAAUGUUGUUAAUCGUUAUUGGAAUCAGUUGAACGAGGACAUACGUGUAUUACUUCAGAGAUUUGAUGCUGAAACAGCUGAUGAAUCAGAAAAUAAGAAUGAAAGUGAAGCUACAACAUCAUUUCUAAUGCAAUUAUCUUCUUGGGAUAAAGAAGAGUUAGAUGAUAAAUUAGCAAACCGUGUUCAAGUGUCCAAGCGUGCUGUUUCUAAAGUUGUACAGGCAUUUGACCGUCUUUCGCAAAGAAAUGAAAAGAUUACGCUUGCACUGAAAGGAGAGUUCGAUGGAGAAGAAGCACCCAAUAUCGAUGAAGUAGUCCGCAGAGCAAAUGCCGAAAUACAAAUGGAAAAUAGGAAUCUUCAAGCAAUAAAUAUACAACUCCAUGAAAAAUAUCACACUAUUUCAUUAAAGAUGUCAGAAUUACAAGAUACUAUAACAGGAAAAGAUACGUUAGCCGCCGAACUUCGCAAUCAGGUGGAUGAUCUUCAAUAUGAAUUAAAUAAAGUACGAGCACGCAAUGAUAAAUUAGAGCAUCAUCUUGGAGAAGCCAUUGAAAAACUAAAGGCGUUCCAACAAAUACAUGGUUCAGAUGAGAAGGGUAGUAAUAAACCAAGUACUUUAGUUGCAUCAAGUGUUUCACAAACAAAGCUUGAAGAUUUGCAAAGGGAAUUGGAAGAAACAAGAGAAUUAGCCAAUAAUAGGCUACAAGAAUUGGAUAAACUGCACCAACAGCAUCGUGACGCGUUGAAAGAAGUAGAAAAAUUAAAAAUGGAUAUACGACAACUACCGGAAUCUGUUAUCGUUGAGACAACAGAGUAUAAAUGUUUGCAGUCGCAAUUUUCUGUAUUAUAUAACGAAUCGAUGCAAUUGAAAACGCAAUUAGAUGAUGCUCGUCAACAAUUACAAUCCAGCAAGAACGCACAUUUACGUCAUAUUGAAAUGAUGGAGAGUGAAGAGUUAAUGGCUCAAAAGAAAUUGCGCGGGGAAUGUAUACAAUUGGAAGAUGUAUUAGCUCAAUUACGAAAGGAAUAUGAAAUGUUGAGGAUUGAAUUUGAGCAAAAUUUGGCAGCAAAUGAACAAACAGGUCCGAUUAAUAGAGAAAUGAGACAUUUAAUAACGUCUCUACAGAAUCAUAACCAGCAGCUUAAGGGUGAAGUUCAUCGAUAUAAACGAAAAUACAAAGAAGCUUCUUCAGAAAUACCAAGACUAAAGAAAGAAAUUGAGGAAUUGACGACGAAAUUGGGGCAGCAAACUUCUCAAGAAAAUAAAGAGGGUAGUAAUUCAGACGGCAGUGGGAAAGAGGAAGAUGCAUCAAACUCUCUUCCUGGUUCUACACAUAUUAAGGAAGAAAGUGGAGUUUCAAUUAAAAGGGAAUCUGGAGAAGAAGAGGUAGAAACAAUUGAAGUUGGAGAAGGAGAAGGAAACAAAGGCACUCCAGAUUCGUUAACUCUAACUUCUCCAACUCUGAAGAAAGAAAAAGAUAUUAAACGCGAGAAGGAUAUUAAGAAAGAAACCAUUAAAACCGAGCACCGUGAUCCAGCUCACCGUGCUAAAGACACGAAAAUGGCAGAGUCAGAACUGGUUAGAGAUUUGAAAGCACAACUCAAAAAGGCUGUGAACGAAAUGAAAGAAAUGAAACUGUUGUUAGACAUGUAUAAAGGUGUUGGAAAAGAACAAAGGGACAAAGUUCAAUUAAUGGCUGCUGAACGAAAGACAAGAGCGGAAUUGGAAGAAUUACGUCAGCAAAUAAAGAAAAUUCAAGAAAGUAAACGCGAAGAGCGUAAGAAAUUAGCAGACGAGGAUGCGCAAAUAAAAAUAAAAAAAUUAGAAGAACAAGCAUACACACUUCAGCGUCAGGUUGCUUCUCAAAAGCAGAACUAUGUGUGGUUACAGGAGGAGGAGGCUCUUUUAAAUGAAAUGGAGGUAACCGGGCAAGCGUUCGAAGAUAUGCAAGAACAAAAUUCUAGAUUAAUUCAACAAUUACGUGAGAAAGACGACGCGAAUUUCAAGCUAAUGACAGAAAGGAUUAAGAGUAAUCAAUUGCAUAAAUUAGCUAGAGAAGAAAAAGAUGUUUUAAAAGAACAAGUCUCUACACUGACAACACAAGUUGAAGCUGCGAAUGUUGUUGUUCGUAAGCUAGAAGAAAAAGAACGUCUCUUACAGAACUCACUCGCUACGGUUGAAAAAGAAUUAGCUUUGAGGCAGCAAGCAAUGGAAAUGCAUAAGAGGAAAGCUAUAGAAAGUGCUCAGUCAGCAGCUGAUUUAAAACUUCAUUUAGAAAAAUACCAUUCACAAAUGAAGGAAGCACAGCAAGUUGUAGCUGAAAAGACUAGUUCCUUGGAAGCAGAAGCGUAUAAAACAAAAAGACUACAGGAAGAGAUAGCUCAGUUAAGACGUAAAGUUGAAAGAAUGAAGAAAAUAGAACUAGCUGAAACUUUAGACGAAGUAAUGGCUGAAGAAUUACGGGAGUAUAAAGAAACGCUCACCUGUCCGUCUUGCAAAGUGAAACGUAAAGAUGCAGUUUUAACCAAGUGUUUUCACGUAUUCUGUUGGGAUUGUUUGCGUACGCGGUACGAGACUAGGCAGCGAAAAUGUCCAAAAUGUAAUUGCGCUUUUGGAGCUAACGAUUAUCAUCGUUUAUACCUCUCCACAUGA